AUGACCAGCCGCAAUCUCAUCAACACUACCCUCGCACUGGCGACCAUCCUCGCUCGCGAGCGCGCGAUCAAAGCGCGCAACGACGCCGGCAACUUCAAGCGCAACCACCGCGUCGCGACGGCGGCGGAGUGCGAAGAGAUCGUUGUUGAUCCUUUCUACAGCUUCCGUCCGAUUCGCGAUCCUGCGUGGCAUGUGCCGUUGUGGCAUCUCGAGAAUAUCUUCAAUCCAAUGUUCUUUUACAAGCACCCGACUGGAGUCAUUAGGAAGAAAAGAGAAGAGCAAUGA